AUGGCCUCGCCAGCCUGGGUGGAGGGUGCCGAGGUUGUUUGGGAACGGGCAGAUGAAGACUUUGAGAGGGUGAACAAAAGAUUGAAAGGGUCCAGAGAGUUGGCCACCGUUUUUGCGAUUGGAGACAGGUCCUUGACCUUCAAGCGGACAUUCUCCAGGAGGCGUGAUGCGACCAGCAUCAGAGAACAUGGCUGUCGCCAGGCCCAGAGGGAAAAUUCAGGCGUCAUGUCCACGACGCUACUCCCUUUACUGUAUCAGACCAGGACUCUCCAGCGCCUUCCACGAGCCAUUUUCCGGCCUCUCACCCUCCGAAGCCUGUCCCAUACUGCUCCGCCGCGAUCCCGUAAGCCAGCUCGACAGAACCGGACGGGACCCGAUGCCAUCCCGUUCGAGCUGCCCGCCGAUGUAGAACUCACGGAGGAAGAGUCGGGGGAGCCUCCAGAGCCCGAGGAUGGGCGGUCGACGAUCACGCCAACCGAGCGCGACGCCUUCGAUCGCAUCUUCCAAGAGAUCGCAUCCCGGGGAAACGGCAGACAAUCCGACCCGGCCUUCGACUCAAGUACGAGGCGUCGCCAUAGAGGCGCUCAUCCCGCAAAUAUCAUAAUCCAGGAAGCGGCGAGGGACCAUGCGGGCUCGCUGGACCAGAACUUCACGGCGACCGACCGCGCUGAAGCCCUGCUCCGAUUCCCACCCAGCCUUCGAAGAGCAGCAAAAUUAGCUCUGGGGUUCAAUGAACCACUCGGACAGCAUGGACAUGGAGGUGUAGGAGCUGGUUUGGAAGGGGGAGGCGAAAAGGUGACCGAGCGAAGAGAAGGCGAUGGCAUCACCCUGGAGUCACAGUUCAGUCACGACAACGAGCUGCGGCGCCAAGAACAGAGUCGCGUAGAACAGAAGAUGAGCGAGGCGAAGACAGACUUUGAGCUAUGGGACAUACUGGAAGCGGAAGUUUUCUCCAUGGUGGACAAGCUCGGAAUCGGCGAGGGCCAGCAACCGUCGAAAGGGAAGUCCAAGAAACAUCGCCGCAAGAAGAACGUUGGUUCCGAAGACAGCUGCGAGCUCAGCAUGGAUGUACACGGGCCUCUAUACCCGUCUCUUCUGCACCACGCCCUCCGACUCUUCGACCAGGGCUUCGCCAAGUCCUCGCCCCUCGCGCUCUCGAUGCUCCCACGCAUCAAGCAGCUCGGCCUCGCCAGCUACGUCCUCGGGGUACCCACGUCGUUCUACAACUCCCUCAUGAGCAUCCUCUGGUACCGCUACAACAACGUCCCCGCCGUCCUCGGCCUUUGGGACGAGAUGCACCACGCGGGCCUGUCCUACGACGAGCACUCCCGCCGCAUCCUCGUCAGCGCACAGGAGAGCCUGCAGCCAUAUGCCGACGGCGACAAGGGCCCGUUCGUCGGCGAGAUCUUGACUGCGGCCGAGUUUGGGCCUGCCGUCCAGUCGCGGAUUCGGAACUGCCGGAUGCGAGACGGCGUAGCUGUGGGAUAG